CACCGAAUGGCCGACGAUCGCAUUCGCGCACUGGCUGCCGAGAACGAGCGCCUGGCCCAGAGCCAGCGCGACAGCCAAGCUCAGAUUGCCGCGCUCACGCAGUCACAGGCAGAGUGGCAGGCCAAGUGCACCCAGGCCAUGACCCUCCUCCAGAAGCAGCAUGCCAUCCUCAAGGCCCACCCUCCACCGACCCCAGAGGCGACGGCUGCGGCGGCGGCAAAUGCGGCGGCGGCCGUGGCGGAGGUCGAGGGCCUGAAAUCGCAGCUCCUCAGCGCUCAGAACGACGCUGCAGCUAGACAGCAAGAGGUCAGCGCCGCUCGGGCUGCAGAACGCGCUCUUCAAGACCGUCUGAGUGCACUGGAAACUCAGCGCCAGACGCGCGAAGCAGAGCAGCAAGCCAAGCUGGCCCAACUCGAGUCAGCGUUGCGCCAACAAGCCUCGGCUCCGGCCACUCCGAUGAAUUCGACAGAGGUGCAAACCUUGAAGGCGCAGAUUGCAGACCUACACCAGUCCAACCUUGCCACGCUGCAGCAGCUCCAGCAGUCUCAGUCAGCGAGUCUUGAGCUUGCCGCGCAGCUCGAGCACAGCAACUCUGCGCAGCAAGCGCUACAAAGCGCUCAGCAAGCGUUGCAGGCCUCUCUGCAAGAGCGCAAUACACGAAUCUCCGAGCUCCAGACCCAGCUUGCAGCGGUACCUGCUGUCGCGCCAGCUGCUGGUGCGCCCGCUGCCUCUAGCGACAGUAGCAGCAGCAGCAGCAGCAAGACCGAGCUUGCCGGGCUCCGCAUCCAGUUGCGCUCUGCCGAAAGCCGGGCCGACAAGCACGAACGUGCAGCAGCGGCUCUUCAGGAGCAGCUGGUGGCACUUCAGGUGGCCACCGCCAGCUCUGGCGCCGUUACUGCGGCUGUGCCUGCACCUUCCCCCGACACUCAGCCGUCACUCGAACUCCAGCAAAAGAUUGCCAGCCUUGAAUCUGCGGUUCAAGCCGCGCAGGCGACUCUGGCGUCAAAGUCAGCCCAAUACGACGAGCUUCAAUGCGAGCUGAUGGAUGCCGUGCAACAGCAAACGCAAACACAAGCAGAAAAUGAGUCGCUGCGUGCGACAGUGGUCGAGCACGAAACCAGGGCUUCGACGGCGGCGUCAUCACUUGCAACCAGUGCCAGCAGUGCAGCGACUCGGAUUGAAGAACUCAGCUUCGCGCUGGCUGCGGAGCGCUCGAGCGCCAGCGCGGCGAUUGCUCGUCGCGAUCAGCUUCAAGCCGAUGUUGCCGACGCCAGAGCCACGGCCAGCACCUUGCAGGCGUCGCUUCUCGCCGCUGAACAGAAUGCGGCUGCGCAGUCGGCCCGGUUGCAGCAACUCGAGCAGGACUUGGAGCAAGAGCGUCGCAAACCUGCGCCUCCGCAGCAACUGCCAGCGCCAUCCUCUUCUGUGCUCGAUCUCGACACGCAGCGACGUAUCCUGUCGCUCGAAAAUGAGGUUGAUGCCUUGCGCUCACAAGUUCGCACCUCUACCGAGCGCGCCAACGAGGCUGAAACCAAGGCCAAGGACCUGACCAAGCAAGCCAUCGAGCAGCAACAGCAGCAGCAGUCCACGCAGAGCAAGGUGGACGCGGACGCGACCGCUGCUCGCUUCAAGAUUGCGGAUCUCGAGCGGCAGCUUGCAGAUGCCAAGAAGGUGGCGGCAUCGGGUGCAGGCACUGCGGCCGCGACCACGGCAGCGCCGGCCUCCUUGCAGCAGCCAGGUGCCUCUUCUUCGUCCGCGGAGGUCGCCGCUCUGAAGCGCAUGCUCGAGGAUGCGACGCGACAGCGCAGCGAGGAUAUCGCCCGCCUGUCCAUGCAGGCCACCGCUGCCAAGCAGCUGGCUGCAGACGCAUCGAGCAAGCUGACUGCUGUGCAGCAGGAGCUUGUCGAUGUCCAGGCGACGGCUGUGCGAAACGAACAGGCCAGAAACGAAGCGGCCGCGCAGCUUGCGACGACGCAGGCUCGCCUGAAAGAUCUGACAGCCCAACUUGGCGAUGCCCAAGUGCAGUCCUCCGAAUCUGGAGCGCUUCAGCAGCAAGUUGUCCAGGCAAAGUCCGACGCGGCGAGUGCGCGCCAGGAGUUGCUCGAGUUGGUCUCGCAACUGAGCGAUGCCCAGCAACAGUCGACGGAAGCGCUGUCUCGCUUGGACGCCGCCCAACAGCAAGCCACACAGGCCUCCGCGGAAUCCACCCAAGCGCGCCAAACUGUGGCAGAGCUAACUGCCCAGCUCCAGCAAGCCAACGCUGCCCUCCAGCAAAAGUCAGCUGCCGCAGCGGCAAUUGCAGCCAGCGAAGAGAAGCAGAAAGACAUUGCCAAGGUCGAAGCCGAGCUGGUCGCUCUCAAGUCAGCUCUCGCGACUGCAACCUCGCAGACGCUCGAGCUCAAAGACAAGUGUGACAAGCAGUCUGGUCGAUUGCAAGUUCUUGAAAAGUUCAAGGCCAAUGUCCAAGAAAAGCAGGUGCAAAAGCGGAUGACUCUGAUGAACGCCAGGCAGUCCAUCAUGGCCGGCAAAGGCGUGGAUGCUGUGGCUGCCGGCGACAUGGCCAAGCUUCGUGAGCUCGGGAACGUGACUGAUCCAGAGCAACGCAAGGCAAUGAUGGCGCAAAUGAAGAUGGACAAUCGACAGUCCAUGGCACAGUUCAAGCAACACAAGCUGGCCCAGAACGAACAAGUGAUUGAAAAAAUGUCGGUCAUCCUAUCGGAAGUCGACCAGCUCAGCAAAGGCAUGCAAGAGGGAGAGGCUGCCUUGAUUGAAAUGUCGCAAAUCAAUGAAGAGCUUGAGAAGGAGCUUGAGCUCCAAGGCAAGGCUGCUGUUGAUUCGACCAAGUACUUUAAGCAACUCGCUGUCGCUUUGGGCAAUCUGCUCAAAAAGUUUGAAAACAUGUCCCUGCUGCUUGUUCAAUUUGGCGAGGGCAAGACAACCGGCGAAGUGCUUCAGGCAACUCUUGGCCGCGAGUUGCAAGCCGUGGGCAAGGCUCUUGAUGUUGUGCGGUCCGAUGUCAUCAAGCAUACCUCUCUCGUGGAACGCAUUGCUACAGCACUUGUUCCAACGGCUGCUGCUUCUUCCGCAGAUGGAGCUGCCAGUAGUCCACGCUUGAAAGCGUCUCUCCUUGAUCAGAUCAAGAAUGGAGCCAAGCUUCGCAUCGUUGCCAAUGCGGUUCAAGAAAAGAACAAAAAGUCGCGCAAUUCGGUGGUUGUCCUCAACAGCCUCCAAGAGACGCUCAAGCUCGCUAUCGCCACGCAUCGCAUGGAUUUGCUCGAGGAUGAUGACGAUUUCUUCUUUGAUGACAAAGAGUGGGAUGUGUAAAGGGCUGAACAGUCCGAGUUAUAAAAUAAGUCGCAAAUACUAUUGUGCAACAAUCGACUUGCACAAUAAAACCAAC